AUGUCAAAUCAAUUUCUAAUUUUAUCUGUGUCUUCCACUUUGUUUAGAUAAAAAAAAUGUUUUUAUUAUUUUAGUUUUCAUCAAUUUUUGUGAUUUUAUUAAGUGAAAAAAGGAGUUAAAAUAAUGGAGGACUUACUAGCGUGUCGUGUUUGUCUCGCUACAAGCGUAAAUCUCUAUGAUAUGUAUAAAUACAGACUUAAAAAUCUGUUUGAACUGUUUAGCGGGAUUCAAGUAUCACCAGCAGAUAAUUUUCCCCAGUACCUAUGCAGUUACUGCGGAGCGUUACUGCUAAAAUGUGCAGCUUUCAGAGAUAGAUGCAAGCGAGCCAAUGAUCUGAUGAAAAAUGCCGAGCUACAGAAUGAAAUUCUAACAACAGACCAAAUACACACAAUAGCCCUACUAAACAACACAGAACUACCGUUAACCAUAUCAACACCAGAAUUGACGAACACUCAAGAAAUACAAGUCAAAAUAGAACAUUUAACAGCAGACAUAUAUAAAGAAGAAAUAGAUUUAGAUUUUAGUGAUGAAGAACCUUUAGCUAAUAAAGUCAGAAAAAAGAAGGACGAUUCUGACAUUGAAAUUCUGUCUCUAGACACCAAUUUCAGUACUAUUGAUGAACGGUCUGACUUGGGCAGUAGAAUUGAUGAGGAUAGUCAAACGGUUGAUGAUCAAAGCAAUGAUACGCAGGAAAACGAUGAUCAGAAUGAUGAGCAAAUUAAUGAUAUGCCAAGUGUUCAGUCUGAAUUUGAGGAACUGUCAGACGUUGAUGAAAAGUCUGACAAAGAUCAGACUGAAGCUGAUAAUGUGAUUGAAGAGUGUACUUGUGGUGAUAUUGAAGUGAAAUCCUUGACAAAAGAGGAGCAAAUUAAAGAGGUACAAGAUAGGAAGACUUCGCAUAAUUACACUCACUCGUGCUAUAAAUGUGAAUACUGCUAUAAAGGGUUCCUACAAGACACAACUUACAAGAAUCAUAUGUUAAGACAUGAUAAAUCAUCCGGCUCCCUACACUGCGACGUAUGCAAUACGUGGUGGCGUACUCUUCGGAACUUAAAAUCGCAUAUCACCAACGCUCACGAGCGCGUGUUCAUAUGCAAGAUAUGCACACAAACGACUAAGAGUGCACAUCGCGCUAAAGAGCAUAUUAAGUGGCAUAAAGGUCACAAAUUCACUUGUAAACUCUGCGGGGCGACUUUCGCGAAGUCCACCAGUCAUCUGACUCACUUGAGACUACAUCACCCGUCUAAGUACUGCUGCGAGGUCUGCGGCGAGAGCUUCCUGGGGGAAGUCGGACUCGCCAUGCAUAUUAAGAAGUCGCACCGCUGUGAGAAUGUCAGUCAUCUGACUCACUUGAGACUACAUCACCCGUCUAAGUACUGCUGUGAAGUCUGCGGCGAGAGCUUCCUGGGGGAAGUCGGACUCGCAAUGCAUAUUAAGAAGUCGCACCGGUGUGAGAAUGCUAACCCAGAGACAGAGUUUAAAUGCGAGAAAUGUUCAAUAUAUUUCAAGACUAUGGAAGCUCUGAAAAUGCAUAAAAGUGCUUAUAAAGAUGGCGUGUGUGAUGGUAGUCAGAAUUCCUGUUUCCAAUGCGGUGAGAACGUACCGACGCAGGACGCGUUGAAAGAUCACCUGAAGACUCAUGAGCCGGGCGGCGUCAAGUGUGACGAGUGCGACAGAAUAUUCGCCCACGACCGUUCAUUCGCAAUUCACUAUCAACGCGUACAUUUAGGAAUUAAGAACAAACAACGCAAGCCAAAGGACAAGAGAAAGAGAACAGCCUGUGUAUGCGAGUUCUGUGGGAAGAAAUGUGAUUGUAUAGCGACGCUCAUAAGCCAUCAACGCACACACACAGGAGAGAAACCCUUCCAAUGUAUUGAAUGCCCCAAGCGGUUCAGCCAGAUACAGAGAUUACGGAUUCACGUCCGCACCCACACUGGUGAGAGACCGUUCAAAUGUACCGUGUGUCCGAAGGCGUUCAAACAUAAGGCGGCUUUAAACAGGCACGACCGGGUACACUCCGGCGAGAAACCCUACCAAUGCGCCCGCUGCGGUAAGAACUUCUCCCAGUCUAACUCUAUGAAGCUUCACGUCAGAACAGUGCAUCUGAAGCUGCCGGCUCCCUAUCGAGCUAGGCGGGACACGACCAUCGACUGCCUGCUCGAAACUACGCUUUUAAACUAAAUAUUAAAUGUCAAGGUCAAGGUCAAAGUCAAAUUCAAGGUCAAGGUCAAAUUAUUAAGGCAAAUGUCACAGUCAAGGUCAAAUUCAAGGUCAAUGUCGAAGUCAUCAAAGUCAAACCACAAACUACUAGGAACAAACUCCCUAAGUUUGUGGCCACUGCGUUAAGAACUUCUCUCAGUCUAACUCUAUGAAGCUGCACGUCAGAACAGUGCAUCUGAAGCUGCCGGCUCCCUAUCGCGCUAGGCGGGACGCGAGCAUCGACUGCCUGCUCGAAACUACGCUUUUAAACUAAAGAUAAAAUGUCAAGGUCAAUGUCACAGUUAAAGUCAAGGUCAAAUUCAAGGUCAAA